AAUCUCAGUGGCAUCAGAUAAAAAACCGAAAUGAGCUUGUGUCGCGGAUUUCCCCUUACCUAGCAAUAACUGUUAUUGCCCCAGCGGAAUAGUGAUGGGGAUGCAGCACUUUGCAGAAUCCUUUGUGGGCGUGGUCAUACAGAGACGGUCCAGCUGAGGAGUACAAAACCGCAAACCUGCUUUUAUUUCUACCUUUUGGUCCAUUGUACCCCCAGAAGUUAAUUUAUUUCGACAUUUUGGACCACUGCACUUUCCCGAAGUUGGCAUAAUGAGUUACGCAGGAGACACAUACUCCUCUGUGUACAGAAAUGUGUUUGGGGAAAGCUUGUUUGCAAGCAGAGUUGCUGGCUCGACCAGCUACGGCUCUCAGGGUCACCCCAAGAGCAACGUGUCAUACAGGAGCAGCUACAGAAAGAAUGCCCGCCUGUCUGCGACGCCCUUGUACUCCCGGGAUGUAUGCGACUUGUCUCAGUCAGCAGCAGUGAGCAACGAGCUAAAGAUAAUCAGAACCAACGAGAAGGAACAGCUCCAGGGCCUCAAUGAUCGCUUUGUCACUUACAUUGAGAAGGUGCACCAGCUGGAGCAGCAGAAUAAACUGCUGGAAGCAGAAGUAGCUCAGCUGAGGCAGAGACAGUCUGAGCCAUCCCGUCUCCAUGGGCUCUUUGAGCAAGAAAUCCGGGAGCUGCGCUCCAAAGUGGAAGAGCUGACCCACGAGAAGGCACAGCUGCAGCUAGACUGUGACAACCUGGAGGAGUAUCUGCAGAAGCUGAGGGAGAAGUUUGAGGAGGAGGUCAGAAUGAGGGAGGAAGCGGAGGUCACUGUAGAGGGAUACAGGAAGGAUGUAGACGAUGCUUCCUUGGUAAGGUUAAAGCUGGAAAAAAAGGUAGAAUCCCUUCUGGAUGAAAUUGCAUUUCUUCGAAAAAUCCACGAGGAGGAAGUAACUGAAAUACAGGCGUCUGUGCAGGCGUCACAAGUCUCUUUGGACAAGGAGACUACAAGAAAACCAGACCUUACUUCUGCACUUAAGGAAAUCCGUGUACAAUAUGAAACACUUUCCUCCAGGAACCAGCAGACCUCUGAAGAAUGGUACAAAACAAAAUUUGCCAGCUUCACUGAGACAGCAUUUCGUAACAACGAUGCUGUCCGUCAAGUCAAAGAAGAGCUGGGAGAGUACCGCCGACAGUUGCAAGCCCGAAACAUUGAAAUUGAGAUGCUAAAGAGCACAAAUGAGUCACUGGAGAGACAAAUUCAGGAAAUAGAAGAUCAGCAUCACUCCGAGCUAAGCCAUCUUCAGGAGACGGUUAACCAGCUGGAGGGUGCACUAGGGGCAACAAGGAGUGAAAUGGCCCGUCACCUCAAAGAAUACCAAGAUCUGUUGAAUGUUAAGAUGGCUCUGGAUAUUGAAAUUGCUGCAUACAGGAAAUUACUGGAAGGUGAAGAAACACGUCUUGGCACUGUCAGCAGUGGGACUGGAGGUUCCACUUAUCUGACUUAUCUCUCUUCUCCAGUGUCAAAAAUUAGCAAAAAACCCUCUUCCACAACACCUACCACCAUCAAGAAGAAUGAGGACAAACCAGCAACAGACAAGCAGGAGGUGACUGGAUCCUCAGAUGCUUCAAAAUCCAAACCUUCUGUAGAUUCAAAGUCACCAAGAGACGAGGAAUCCACAGAAGGGGAACAGCCAGCAAAAAUAUCAAGCAAAAAUUAAUCCUGAUUUACAAAUGGCUUAUGAAACAGAGUUAGUAAUUUAUUUCUCAUGCUCUGCAGUUGCAGAGUAGUUCAACAUGAGAGAUUUAGAAUAUGUAACUGUCAAAAAUGAUAUUGAUUAUAUUUCCUUAACUGUAAUUUGAAAAAAAUGCCUCUCUUCUAGCAGUGAUUUAAAAAUUUGAAAUUGCGAUGUUCAAGGUGAAUUCAUCUUUUAUUUGUGCCACCUGUUAUUUUCCAUUCCCAGUCAUCUACUAACAAAGGCCUUUUUCAUGAAAAUAUGGUUCUAAUUUACAGAUGACGUCCUCAUGUUGCUUGUUUCCUACCUAAUGAGAUAGUGGCCUGUUUCUAACUAGAUGGAGUCACCAUGGAGGGCAGAGUAAGAUGAUAUAACAGGUAACUAAUUUUAAGUGGGAACAAAUUGCUAGAAUAAAUGAAUACCGAUGUCCAGAUGGUUGCCUCUGAAGUUUUUUUUAGCAAUAAAAAAUAGAAAUUAAAUCUCAUGCAUACAGGGCAGAGACCCCUUGCAUCUUGUUGUUAUUGUCAAAAUAUUUCUUGAAUGAGAAAUAAAGUGUUAAAUAGA